ACAAUACAUUGGUUGCAGGAUGUGACGUCAUAUCACGUGAUUAUUCAUGAACGUAUUUGCGCGUGCGUUAACGGCGUUUAUCCCAACUAGACUGGAUUGAGUCCUCAUGGCUACAGAGGGUGUAGAAAAUGUGCCUGAAGAUGCUCCUGCAGCUGGGAAAGUCUGCAACAGGUUUGAUCUUGGGAAGGAGACUGAACUUAGGUUUGAGGUGGAGGCUGGAGAAGCAGCAGAGCAAGUUGAGCUCGAGCUCGUCACAGGAUUAGCUGAAGUGUUUGGCUCCGAGUUGAACCGCAAUAAGAAGUAUGUGUUUGGUGCAGGCUCCAAGAUAGCAGUUUUUACCUGGCAAGGCUGCACUGUCAACCUUUAUGGAAAGCCAGAGGUGGCGUAUGUGUCCGUGGAAACUCCAAUGCUGCUUUAUCUGAACACACAUGCUGCCCUGGAGCAGAUGAGAAGACAAGCAGAGCGGGAGAACGAGCGUGGACCAAGGGUGAUGGUGGUGGGACCAGCAGACGUGGGGAAGUCAACAGUGUGUCGGAUGCUUCUAAAUUAUGCCGUCAGGAUGGGCAGGCGGCCAACACUGGUGGAAUUGGAUGUGGGGCAAAGUGGGGUAUCUGUACCUGGAACAGUCUCAGCACUGUGUAUUGAGCGUCCUGCAGAUGUUGAAGAAGGUUUCUCAGUCCAGGCUCCUUUGGUCUACCACUUUGGCUCCACUACCCCAGGAACCAACAUCAAACUUUACAACAAGUUAACGUCAACCUUGGCUGAGGUGUUUUCACAGCGGUGUGAGGUGAACAGGAAGGCCAGCGUGGGAGGUUGUAUUAUUAACACCUGUGGCUGGGUGAAAGGCUCGGGAUACCAGGCUUUGGUUCAUUGUGCCUCUGCCUUUCAGGUGGAUGUGGUGCUGGUACUAGAUCAUGAAAGACUGUACAACGAACUGAAACGUGACCUGCCUCACUUUGUGCGGGUCGUACUAUUACCUAAAUCUGGGGGUGUAGUUGAACGCUCGAAAGAGUGCCGGCGGGACACUCGGGAUGAAAAGAUACGUGAAUAUUUCUACGGCUUUCGCGGAGUGACCUUCUACCCUUUCUCAUAUGAAGUGCGCUUCUCGGAUGUUCGCAUCUAUAAAAUUGGCGCUCCCUCCAUCCCUGACUCAUGUUUGCCACUAGGAAUGUCUCAAGACGACACACAGCUAAAGCUGGUCCCCGUGACACCUGGCAGAGACCUCACUUAUCACGUGCUGAGUGUGAGCAGUGCCGAGGAUGGAGAGGAAGGGGUCAGAAAGGGUAUAGUGGAGAGCCCCGUGUGUGGCUUUAUAGUAGUGACACAUGUGGACACACAAACACAGAUAUUGAAAGUGCUGUCCCCUGCGCCCAGACCACUGCCCAGACACACCCUGCUUAUCAUGGACAUACGUUUUAUGGAUAUGAAGUAAAACUGUAUUUCUACAAAAAAUAUAUCACAAGACAGGUUUGGAUCAUGACUGAAAGGAAUAAUUGACAGAUUUUGUUUACUGUGUUGUAUUUUUUGUGAGUAUUAUGGACUAUAAUGUUUUUUGUAAUAUUAUCAAAGGAAUGUUGUUGAUGCUGUAAUUGUCCCGUUUUAAAAAAAAUUGUAUAGAGGCAAUAUAUUUUCUUCAAACUUUUUACAGACAUUUUUCAGUCCCAAUAAAUUGUUAACUUCUACCAAUGUA